AUGGGUAAAAUUGAAAUAGAAAGCGAUUAAUCUGAUAAUGAAAUCGAAGUUGAAGAGCAAAAGCCAUCAAAAAAGUAGAAGGUUGCUCUUCAGAAAGUAAAAAAAUCUAAGAUUAUUCAGAAAGAGAAAACCAAAAACCAAUCUUUGUAAGAAAGAAUGGAUACUGAAAAAAAGAAUGAAAAUAAAUUUAAAGGAUUAUAAAAAGCAACCAAUUAAUAAUAAGUUAUCAGAAACCCUGAGUUAUACAAAAAAUUUAUAGAAAAAGUUGAAAGUAAUCCUAGCUUGACUCAUUUAGUAGAAAGUUUUAAAGGAUAAGAUAAGUCUAAAAAUGCAGCAACAGCAGUUUAAAAGAAAGCAGUCCUGUCAAGAGGUUAAAGAAAAAGAGCUGAAAAUAAAAAGAAGAUUUUGAAAAAAAAUCUCUUUAAUGAAUAUUUGAACAAAACAGUAGAAAGUAAGGGAGAAACUGAUAUUGAUUUAGAUGCUUUGAAGUAUGACUUAGAAGGAAUAGAAAAAAAUUCAAAAGGCCAAAAAACCUAAGAGAAAAAAUAAGAUUUAACAAGGGGUGUUUCAAAUAAGAAAAAACUAAAAACUAGCAACCGUGAUAUCUAACAAGUUUAAUAGAUCUUGUAAUUUAAGCCUUUCCUUAACGACCCUCUUAAAGCCAUGAAGGAACACAUUUAAAAUACUUUAAAAAUGCAAAAGAAAAUGUGA